GUAAUUACAUAACCAAAAUCUUUUUUUUUUUUUAGAGUACAACAUAUAAACAUUAUUAAGCUUUCUGGUAGACUACAUAAGUUUCCAUUGAAGUUAUUUUAUAUAGUCUCAAUAUGGUUAAGAAAUCAUCAUCUCAGAAUAAGCAAACGGCGCUAUUCGAUAUCCGGUUAAAGAAUUUGGACCAUGAUGUCUUAGUAUUAAAAGGAACUGAAAAUGAAGCGGCCUCAGUACUUUUGGUUGGGAAGAUUGCCAUAUCAUUGAAUGAGCCAUUACACAUCAAGAAGCUCAGUUUACGUCUUUAUUCCACUAUUCAAUUGGAUUGGACUGAACAAUACCAAACUAGUAAAGGGGUCAUUCCUAAGCCGAUGAAAUUCUCGAAAAAGAUUUAUGAACAUAACUGGGAUCACAAUGAACUUAAAAAGGAACUAUCUGCACUUACAGAAGGUAAUUCUACCUCACCUGCACUUUCAAGGCAGCAAUCUACGACUUCAUUAAAGAAUUUAGGUCAUUCAUUCAGAUCGAAAUCAUCAACUAAUCUUCAUCUUUCGUCCUUACAUCAAUUUUCAUCUUCAAACUUAUCAUCUUUAAGUGGUUCAUCUACAAACUUGAGCGGUCUUAACGGUGCCAAUGGUAAUUCUGGUUCCGGUGGUACACUCCCACCAGGGAAUCAUGAAAUCCCAUUCAGUGCUAUUCUUCCUGGUAAUAUCCCUGAAUCCGUAGAAGGUUUACCUGGUGGUUCAGUUGUGUAUAAGCUUGAAGCUACCAUUGAAAGAGGGAAGUUCCAUAAUAAUUUAGUAUCCAAGAAGCAUUUAAGAGUGGUUAGAACAUUGACUACAGAUGCAGUGGAAUUGUCCGAAACUGUUGCGGUUGACAAUACGUGGCCGAAAAAGGUUGAAUACUCAUUAAAUGUCCCAUCAAAGGCAAUUGCAAUCGGAUCAACUACCCCAAUUAGUUUUAUGCUAGUACCCCUUUUAAAGGGAUUACGGUUAGGUGACAUUAAGAUUCAACUUCUUGAAUAUUAUUCUUAUGUCGGAUACUUGCCUCCUCCACAUAACGGGGAAAGAAUCUUAGCAGAGAAGACUAUCCCAAAGCCUAGUGAAGAUGAUCCAAAUUUCCAAAUGGAUAGAUGGGAGGUUGACUCAUAUAUCAGGGUUCCAGAUACUCUUUCUAAAUGCACUCAAGAUUGUGAUAUUGAAACUCAUUUGAAAGUUAGACAUAAAUUAAAAUUCGUCAUUGGAUUAGUAAAUCCUGAUGGUCACGUAUCUGAAUUGAGAGCCUCAUUACCAAUCCAACUUUUCAUUUCUCCAUUUAUCUGUAUUAGAGCUAAAUAUGAUGCUGAGGAAAGCGAAAACAAUUCAAUUGAUGCUUCCUCCCCUCAGGGUUCAGUCACUGGAAGAGGUUACGAUGGAGGUGAUGACGAAGAACUCUUGUUUGCCUCGGACUUACAUAGUGGUAGUCAUACCAGUUUAAAUCAUCUCGGUGGAGAUCUGAGCUCCAUUGCUCCCGCAAACGGUUCUGGUACUGGUACUGGGCUCGGUACUGCAGGGUCUAGUGUUACUUCUUUUGCGGGGUUUAUGGCCCCUCCUUUAUAUGAAAAGCAUGUUUAUGACAGACUCUGGUCUGAUGUAUCCCCAGUUGAUUCCCCUAUCAACUCGGGAACAGCAACUCCUCGUUCGAACGAUAGGUCAUUCCACAAUUUGCAUAACAAUAAUGUUCAACAACAAUUUUCAAUGUCACCAUUGGAUACUAAUCAAUUGAGUGAAAAUUUGCGUCAACUUAGUCUACAACGUCAACUUCAAGAAAGUCAAGAGGCUGGAUCCACACCAUCAGGACGAAAUAGAGCUGUGUUCAAUUUAGAUGGAGAACAAUCUGGUCCUGGUCCUUCUGAAGCAGGAGAUUAUUUCUCAGCAGUGAGACAAGGUGCUUCGGCCCCCACAUCUGAAAAUUACCCUAAUGCGUUACUGUCACCUGGAAUUACUUCACCUCCAAUUCACCUAUCAAGAGCAGGCUCGGAAAAUCUUUUAAAUCCUUCGAUUAUGGCUAAAGUGCCUUCAUAUACUCAGGCUAUGCGUUCAGAUCUUCAAGAGGAACCAUUGUCUCCUGCGUAUGAACCACCAUUACCUGGAUCCAACAUCAAUCUUCAAGAGUUGAGUAGACGCUUAGAGGAACAUCAACCACGACAAGGUGGACCUCAAUACAUGAGUUCCAGUCUUGGGCAUUCGCGCAGUAAACUGUUGUUAUCCCGAGGUUCAAGUUCUAUUAAUUUAAAGGGUCUUGGACAUAAUUCAAGAAAUUCAUCUGCUGGUUCAUCACCAUCAAAUUCUCGGAAUGUUUCUUACACCAAUUUAUCUGCCAAUCAAGGUUUAUCUCGCUCUCCUUCAAAGAGAUCGGUGAAUAGCAAUUCAUCUACUUCAUUUUCGUUAACUCCACUUUCAGGAUCUUCAGCUCCUCAAAAACAAUCUGAGAGCGUUCCUGAAACUUCACAACAUGCAACACUUCCAGCAUUGGUUCAACUUUCUGGAAGUGCCUCUGACAGAUCUGCUCUUGUUAAAAAUAAUUCUCAUAGUGGUGUUCCUAAGAAGUCAGCUUCAAGUUUAAGCUUACAAAACAUGCCUUUCUUGCAUAAAAAGCAUGGCAAGGGUUAAUUCAUUUCAACAUUUUUGUUUUUAGAAUUCGCAAGAUAAAUAUAAAAUACAAUCAUACAUUAAAAUCAUUCUUCUAGAUCAUUCAAUUUCGAUAAAUUUCGCUAGUUAACAAUAAAUCC